GCCAGCCGAGAGCGAGAGAGCGUAGAGAGAGAGAGAGGGGGCCGACGCAGCAGCAGAGCAGAGCAGCGUGAGCAAGACUGGGAUUGUGCUGCCGAAAGAUUUUUUCUCUGGGACAGAGGACACGGCGGCGCAGAUCGAAAGAGAGAGAUACUUGCUCUCUCUCACAUACACACACACACACGGACAGGACACACACACACACACACACACACACACACACACACACGCACGGAGAACCAGAGCGGGACAGGAAAGGAGACAGAGAUGCCAGGAUCCGACUGGGAGCGUGUGGCUUCGGCCUGCAGUCGUCGCCAUGGCGCUGGUCCAAGCCCUGCCGGUGCCCUCUGAUCACCCCAAGUCCAGCCUGGAGGUGGGCCAGUGUGGCCGCACGGAAGCCUCCUCCUCCCACUCCCCCUCCUCCUCCUCCUCCUCGUCCUCCAUCACCUCCGCGGUGCCUCCUGCAGCCCCUCCGCCCCCACCACCGCCUCCUCCAGCCUCCUCCUCCUCCUCCACAGCGGGCAACAUGGGCUCCGUCGGGAGCCUCAUCUCCAGCCGAGGGCCCUCCUCAUCCUCUGGAUCCUACUCCUCAUCCUCCUCCUCAGCGGACCGCCACCACCACUCCCACGGCCACCACAAGGCCGCCUCCGACUUCGGGGCCAAGUGCCGCAAGGCGGCGGCCGGAGCUAGCUGCUUCCGGGUACAGGACGGUACUUUGCGCAGCGCCAGCUCCCAGGAGCAGUUGCUACUAAGCAACCACCAGCAUCACCAAUAUCAGUACCAGCAGCUGCAGCACCAGAAACAGCAGCAGCAGCAGCAGCAGCAUCAGAAACAGCACCAUCAACAGCAACAUCAGCAGCAGCAGCAGCACCAUCAGCAGCAGCAGCAUCAGCAGCAGCAUCAGCACCAGUCCCUAGCCCUGCAGGUCAACGGCAUGAAGACCUCAGGUCACAUCAUCAACGUGGCCAACGUGGUCUCCACCAACUCCACCAACACCGCUGCCGCCACCGUCACCAACGGCAACGGCAAUGGUAACGGUAACGGUAACUAUGGUUACGUGCACGACGAGCUGCUGGUGGGCGACUGGAACGACAACCUGGUGGUGAGCACCGUCAGCGCCGUCAGCCCCUGCAGCGACAGCGAGGAGACGCGGGACUCGCGAGGUCUCAACGGCAACAUCGGCGGACCCCCUCCCAAACUCAUCCCCGUGUCCGGCCAGCUAGAGAAGAGCAUGGAGAAGAUCCUCAUCCGCCCCACCGCCUUCAAGCCGGUCGUCCCCAAGAACCGCAACUCGGUGCAGUACCUCUCCCCGCGGCCAGGGGGCAGCACCCUGUCGGAGAGCCAAGGCAGCCUGAACCUGCUGCUGCCCGCGGCCGGCAUCACCGGCAUCAUCAGCAGCAGCAGCCACAGCAGCAACAGCAGCAGCGGGGUGGGCAGCGGCGGCAGCAGCAACGGCGGAGGCUCCAUCUCCACCUCCGCCUCCACCUCCUCCUCCUCCUCCUCCUCAUCUUCCUCAGACAAGCGCAACUCAUACGGCAGCAGCAGCCGGCACAGUGGCGGUGGAGGAGGUGGAGGUGGAGGUGGAGGAGGUGGAGGAGGACGGGUGAGCCAGUCGGGCACCAUGUCGGACUCGGGCCGCAACUCUCUCUCCAGCCUGCCCACCUACAGCAGCAGUAGCAGCAGCAGCGCCGUCUACAGCCUGCCCCCCGGCGACGCGCCCUCCUCCCUGCUCCUGGAGCCCCCCUCCAGGCUGGCCUCCAGCGGUGGCGGUGGCGGUGGCGUCGGCUCCAACAGCAGCAUGCACCACGGCCACUCCAACUCGGACAGCGGGCGUUCCUCGUCCAGCAAGAGCACGGGGUCGCUGAGCGGGCGCGGGCAGCCUCUGUCGGACAGCGGGUCGUGCGAGCGCUCGCCGGCGCCCACGGAGGCGGGGUACGGCGGCGGCGGCGGGUACGAGGGCGUGAUCCGGGACCUGGAGGACAAGCUGAGGGAGCGGGAACAGGAGCUGCAGCAGCUGAGAGACAACCUGGACGAGAACGAGGCCGCCAUCUGCCAGGUGUAUGAGGAGAAACAGAAGCGCUGUGAGCAGGAGAUGGAGGAGCUGCGGCAGAGCUGCGCAUCCAAGAUGAAGCAGGCCCAGCACAAGGCACAGCGCUCACAACAGGUGCUCCAGCUGCAGGUGUACCAGCUUCAGCAGGAGAAGAAGAAGCUCCAGGAGGACUUCAGCCAGCUGCUGCAGGAGCGCGAGACCCUGGAGAAGAGGUGCGCCUCCAUCGAGCAGGAGCAGACGCAGCUGGGACCUCGCCUGGAGGAGACCAAGUGGGAGGUGUGCCAGAAGUCGGGCGAGAUCUCUCUGCUGAAGCAACAGCUGAAGGACGUGCAGGCGGAGCUGGCGUCCAAGGGGGCGGAGCUGGUGUCGCUGCGGGCGCAGCUGCGGGAGGCGCGCGGGGAGCUGCAGGCCAGUCAGGCGCGAUCCCAGGAGGCCCACGCCGCCGCACGCACGCGCUCACUGGAGCUCGAGGUGUGCGAGAACGAGCUGCAGCGGCGUAAGAGCGAGGCCGAGCUCCUGCGUCAGAAGCUGGGACGCAUGGAGGAGGAAUCAGCCCGGCUACGCGACGCGCUGCCCCCCCCAUCAUCAUCCACCGCCAGCACCCCUUGCUCCACCCCCUCCUCCUCUGGGCACGGCAUGCCCCACCACAUGCACCACACACAUGGGGGCCAGUACAACACCCUCCACCACCCACACCACCACAGUAGCAGCAGCCACCACCAUGGAGGUGGAGGCGGUGGUCCACUCAACAAGGCCCAGCAGUGCAUGAGUCUGCCUCUGCCUCACCACCACCACCGCGGCUCGUCGUCCCACCACAGCAGCCCGUCUCUGCUGAGAGGAGACGCCCCUGGGGGGGGGAGCUGCUCCGAGGACCAACUGCUGCUGGCCGCCGCCGUGUACGAGAGUGACGAGGCCAAGGUCCAGCGCCAGAGCCAGGCUCAGGCUCAAGGGCAGGUUCACGUUCAAGGUCUCCAUCAAGGUCACGGUCACGGUCAAGGUCACGUUCAAGGACACGGCGAGCUGGUGCCUGGUGCGCAGGCGCAGGUGCAGGGCAUGAGGCAGCAGGUGGACCGGCUGAAGGCCGAGCUGCUGCUGGAGAGGCGCCGCAGCGAGGACCAGACGGAGGCCUUCGAGACGGAGCGGCGCGUCUGGCAGGAGGAGAAGGACAAGGUCAUCCGCUACCAGAAGCAGCUGCAGCAGAACUACAUCCAGAUGUACCGGCGCAACCGCGAGCUGGAGCGCGUCAUGAGGCAGCUCAGCCUGGAGCUGGAGAACAGGGACCUGGAGGAGUUCGAGAUGCGGAGCGGCGGCGGCAGCGGUGGCGGUGGCGGUGGCGGCAGCAUCACGGGGGUCAUGGGGAUCGUGGGAGUUGGGGUCGGCAUCGUUGGAGGCACAACUGGCGGUGAGAUCUGCUUUGAGGAGAUCACCGCCACGGAGAUCUAA